AUGAUCACAGGAGCCCGAGCAAGAACCAUAUCAUUGUCGAACAAAAGAAGAAGGUCGAAGAAAGACAGCGACUCUAGCGUUGGUAGACCAAGAGGUUGUAACAAAGCAAAAAAAUCGGUGGAAAACUCAGACCGAAGACUGUUUUUAGCACGAACUCGUCGUCGCUCAACGAAGAGACACUCGACAUUCUACGUGCAUCAUCCAGGCGAUGAAAAGAUCGAGGACAAGCAAAAAGAAAGCACAGAUAUUACCGCUCGCGACCGCGAUCCAGCCAGAAGCACGGUGAGAUCUGAACAUUCACUUUGUGCUGUUGCUUCCAGGGUUGCCUGUGUGCUGGGCGCGGUGCCAACAUCGUGCCAGUACUGUGCCAACGCCGUGCUAGCGCUGUGCCAGUUGCUGGAUAUCGAUUGA